AAAAUGGCCCAUACAAUCCACGUGAUCGCAACCUGUUUGAAGGUGAUAUCAGACUAACCGCUGACCAGUCACGUAACCUUGACCUUUACGGUGACCCUGAGUUAAGUGGUCCACGCGCAGCGACCAAUGAUAAAGCAAAACUGUGGCCUGGCGCAGUGAUUCCUUAUGAAUUGGAUUGUAGCGUUGCGAGUCUUGACUGGGGGGUACGUGCAAUCAAACAAGCAAUGUCCGCAUGGGAAGAGAAGACAUGUAUCAGGUUUAAACAACGAACAAAUGAAACAAACUACAUUUGGUUUUAUCGAUCCCUGGGGUGUUGGAGUGAGGUUGGGAUGGUUUAUGGCAGAAAGAAUUACUUGUCAAUGGGUCAAGGCUGUGAUUACAAGCACGUCAUGGUUCAUGAGCUUGGUCAUGCUAUUGGAUUCUGGCACGAACAGAGUCGUCCUGAUAGAGAUAGCUACAUCAGGGUAUUAUGGGAAAAUGUCGAUGACAGUAUGAAGUACAAUUUUGACAAGCGCAAGUGGGGGACGGAAGUAAUUGAUUAUAACGUACCUUACGAUUACUCGUCAAUCAUGCACUACCCAUGGACAGCAUUCUCCAAAAAUGGUAAAGAAACAAUCCAGCCAAUCAGAGACCUGAACGGUAAGCUGCCAUACAUUGCUCUUAGUGAUGAUGACGCAUUGCAAGCAAACAGAAUGUACAAGUGUCCAGGGCACAAAUUGGCUUCUACGAUAAAAGAACCACGAUCAAUUGAACUUAAGAAGUCAGAGAUUGAACAAAGAGCUGGAAAAUGCGCAGAUCGUUCAGAUAGAUGUGCGUCAUUUCUGGCGCAGGGACUGUGUGUAAAACACGCUAAAUCCAUGUUUUACUGGUGUCCCAAGACAUGUGGACAUUGUGUAUCAGCUUACUGCAAGAAUUAUAAAUUUGAGUGUAUUCAGUGGGCAAAUGAAGGGAAGUGCAAAACCGAAGAGGAUGAAAUGAAAUUUUAUUGUCCUUUGGCCUGCAAAAGGUGCAACAAAUGCACAAAGCCAAAGCCAACGCCAUCUCUUCCCCCAAGGACAGGUGUAGGUCUACGAUGCGUGGAUUUACUUGAUAAAUGCCCGGAAUAUGCUCACCUAAAGCAAUGUGGGACAUCACCGUGGGUCGACUACAAGUGCCGRAAAAGCUGUAGAACAAARUGUGAUACUUACCCAGUCAAACCUGACGGUGUUUGCACGCAACCUCUUGGGCUGGGAUGGCCUGGAAACUACAAACUCCCCGACGCAAAUUUCUUUGCCUCUACGAACUUUAUGCCAGGUGAUUGGAGCGCAGCUGCUAAAAAUGCUCGUUUGUACCAAGAAGAUAAUGCAUCUACAAAGCGAAUUGGUGCAUGGUGCGCUACAGACAGAGACAACCAGUUCGUUGGUGUUGACCUUGGGAAAGAGAUGAAGGUUGCUGCCAUUGCUACACAAGGCAGGGACGAUUCACACGAAGUCGUGCAGAAAUACAAACUCUCGUUCAGCGCUGAUGGUCAAAGAUAUCAUAUGUACAAGGAGAAUGGACAGGAGAAGGUUUUUGAAGGAAACUGCGAUUUCUUUACGCCUGUCAUCAACAAGUUUACGCCUACUCGUGCUCGCUAUGUAAGACUGCACGUGAUCAAGUCUAGCUAUCCAUGUGUUAGAAUGGAACUUUAUGGCUGCGAUAUUUAGUGCUGAAGCUCAAGGAUUUAUUUCUUCAGUCCAGUAAAAUUGCAGCAAUCAAGGAUGAAAUUUUAGUACUAUUAAUCAAACACAACUGUCAAAAAUAAAUCUUGAUUGUUUUACAGUCAAA